AUGAGUGCGACGUCUGUUGCAUCAUCAAACCAGAUGUUUUCGGCUUUUGGUCAACCAACGCGGAGUCCAUCUCCAGCGAUUAAUCCUUUCGCGACCAAGUCUGACGACAAAGGAAGCGCAUUCGGCAUUGAUGGCGCGAACGAUUCUUCCAAGACGAAGCGAAAUAAGCGAACAUCGGCCUUUGGCGACCAGAGCGAUAGUGAUGCAAAGCGGAAGACGAAGAACGGUUUUAAAGGCAAAGAUGCCAACUUGAGUGACGGAGGCGGUAGGCUCAAGACCCGCAAAGGUGACGAGAAGAAGAAGCAGAUCGAUACAAAGAAAAACCCAUUCGCUACUGCCUCUUCGUCCAAAAAAUCAACAGGUCAAAACGCGCGUAACAACGGCUCUAACCCAUUCGCGACGACGCGCGAUGAAUCGCGACCAACUUCGUCAUCGAGCGCCGACGCUCAAGAUGAUCACGUUCCCGAAUCUUAUCAUUCCGACGACCCUCAUGCAAAGAGAGUAUACGAGCAGUUGCGGAAAGACGGUAUACACCCUCCACAAUGGCCAUCACAACCUGGAAACCCUAAGAACAAGGGUGAGGUCUCGAAAUUCCGCGAGAGAUACGAGGCCUACCGCAGCAAGGCACGCGCGUCGUUAACAAAGGCCGGCCUGAUUGACGAUCCUGAAAAGCGAAAGACACUUCAAGAUGCCAUUGACUUCAAGGGUAUCUGCGAGGAUAUGUGUCCCGAGUACGAAAAGAUCACGCGAAUCAACGAGAUGGAUGUUCAUCAACCCGAGAAGAAUCCUAAAACAACAUUUGCCAAUACGAGUCGCAUGAUCAAGAAGCUCGCUCGCUCUGCUGCUGGUCAGGAGGCACCUCUUCCCAUGGAUGUACGAUCGAUACCGGCUCUCAAAAGGACACUGGACUAUCUUAUUGAUGAUCUACUGCGCGAGGAUUCAAAUCUUCCAGGUUUGCAUGGCUUCCUCUGGGACAGAACACGAGCGAUUCGCCGAGACUUUACCUUCUUCUCGUCUCUUACGCCUGACGAAAUGAAAAUACAAGUCUACGUUCUGGAGAACAUUGCGAGGUUCCACGUCACGGCACUGCACCUACUUACUCAAGACGGUAAAGCACCUGAAGAUUUUGUGGAACAGCAGGAAUUGGAGCAGUUAGGAAAGGCUCUACUAUCUCUCCGUGACGCCUACGAUGAUUGCAACGACCAGGGCAUCCGCUGUGAGAACGAGCCCGAGUUUCGAGCAUACUACCUUAUCUUUCAUGCAUACGACUCAAAUAUUAUCGAGACCCUUCAACGCCAAUGGAAGCCGAAUCUGUGGAAGGACUCGGAUGAGGUUCGCACAGCAGUGUCGCUGGUCGAGGCCCUUCAGAACACUCAAGACUUUCAUGGACCUCUCACAGACGCGCCGUCUUUGGCUGCGUCAUCGGCCUACCAAUCGUACUUUCGAAUAGUGGAAGAUCCAAAGGUUUCUUAUACAAUGGCUUGCUUUGCAGAAUGCCAUUUUCCCAGACUACGACGUUGCAUCUUAUCUGCUAUCAAGCGAGCUCUUGCUCGACCUCGAGAAACUUCCAAGGAUGUUACGGCUGCUGUCUUGAACAAGUUCCUUCGCUUUGAUACUGUUGAGCAGGCCAUAGAGUUUGCGGAGCUUCAUAACAUCGAAUUCGGCGAAUGCGAAGAAACCCCUUCUGACACCAGUCGCCAAUACGCAAAGUUGGACAACCGAAGUUCCUUGCCUCAUCUUCGGUUAAAACACCAAUUUUCCCACAGCCUGGUCGAGAAGAAGCGUGGUGCAAGGACGCUCCCUCAGCUUAUUCACGAAACGAUACACGAAGACACGACUGCUAAACCUACAGUCAACGGAUCUGUUGGAGGAAGCCCAUUUGUUUCAAAUACCCAAAAUACCAACAAGCCCUCGAUACCAACCGGACCCAAGGCAACAACACCGAGUCCUUUUUCAGCGUUCAGUACACCUGGUGGAUCCUGGGGAGACAACAAGGCUAGUAACGGCACCACAGGGACUACAUUCAACGGAACCACGCAAACCAACGGCUUUGCUGUGCAACAACCGAAACCGCAGCAAAAUCCUUUCGCUUCAGGUCUGGCCUCCGCGGCCAAACAACCUGCUUCCAACCCAUUUGGGCCGGCUGAUUCUACGUCGACGCCAUUACAGACCAGCAAUACUAGCACCAAGACAGAUACCAGUUCUCAGCAGCCACAGACUUCCGGAACAGCCCAACCUUUGAAUCCAUUUGCCUCUUCGUAUAAACCGUCGACUACUUCGGAUGCUCCAGCAAAAGGCAGCCCCUUCAAUAGCCCGUUCAGUCAGCCUUUUGCACCUGCAAAGACAGACAACGGGCCCUCGACAAAACCGGCAUUUUCCUUCCCGCCAGCGACAACUGCACCCCCCGCAACCGAAAUUGCCUCUACUGCCUCUAGUGAUAGUAAAAGCGAACCAGCAGACAAACCCCAGAUCCAAGCCCCGGCAGCCACAACAGCAGACUCAACAAAGGGACCUACUAUCAAUUUCAUACCUCCAACUCCAACACUAUCAACGAACCCCUUUAAUACUACAACGCAACCGCCACAGCCAUUUCCAUCGAGCGCCAAUAACAGCGUACCACAAGCACCUACAACAGGGCCUGGGCUGGAGAAGUCUAAGCCAGCAACAAGCAUUCUUGGCUCGCAGCCCUCAGCCACACCAACACCUCAAUUCUCGUUCCCUCCUAUCGGAACGCCAGCCUUCCCAGCACCACCCAAGAGCAGCGAUGUUUCUCAACCUUCGACAGCUCUUACGGCCAGCCAGCCACCUAAAGAGCCAACUCCCGUCCCAGCAUCUCCAGCGCCACCUCGUGACCUCCUAGGUGACUUCACUAAGUGGUUUGUAAUGGGUGAUCAGGGACUCAUGGAUGAGUUUCAAGCAUUUAUGCUAGAUAAUAUUCUUCAAGGUGUAUAUCGAAAAUAUGUUCAAGAUGAAGAAGCAAAGAGAAAGAAAGAGGAGGAAGAACAAGCCCUAGCAGAGGCAAGGAAAUUCCGUACUUAUAGCCUAUCAGUCAAGUACUUCUACCGCUGGAAGGAAAUUGCACGCGAUCGACGCUUGAGCCGACUUCGUCGAAGUGGUCGAGAACAAAUGAGGGCUUACUACGAAGAACAACGUGCGAUGCAGGCCAAGGCCCAGAAAGAUGCUGCUCGCCGAGCGGCUCGUGAACAGGCCGAGAUUGCGGAAUUGAACCGACCGGAGGAGUUGAAGGACUUCCUCAAGCAUAAAAAGCCCAGUAAACGUCGCCAAGCAGAAGAAGAGGACGCGCUACUUGCUUCCGGUGUCUUAUCCGGAAUCAACAACGAACAAGAGGCUGUUACCAAGAUCGUACGUAGGGCGCCGUCUAUUGCCAGCACCGCUUCCAGCAAGCAAUCGAGCACAUCCACCUCAAGAGGUGGUUCAAAGACCAGAGCACUUCGACAACAGUUCGCGAGCGACCAACCCGCCACUUUCAGACGCUCACUGCCUCCCAUGAUCUCUCGAAAAACCUCAAGCCCUGAGCCCAGCACUCGUGUCAGUAGGGUCUCCGAACGCUGGCGUCUCAAAGCUAUGGGCAUUGUCCAAUUACCUGACGGUACGGCUGUGCCCGAAUCAAUGGCGCAUGAGAUGCAACCUGGCAAGAGAAGACUCGUAAGCAGUACGAUGGGCCCGCCUAGUAGCUAUCCUAUUCGCAGAGCCUCCGGGGGUGAUUUCACGCGCUCUGAAGCACGACAGCGUAUUUCUACCUCACAUGAAAACAUCGACACAAGCGAGUCCGACAGCGCCACUACCAAAAACAAGAGAAAGCGUGCGACUGAAGAUGAUGGUGAGGCGACUCAAGAACGUCAGGCUAAAUCCAGCUCGCAUAAGCGGGUUAUGAGCGACGCGCAAAACCUUAUCAACGAGCUCCGCGCUAUGAGAGAGGAGAUGGAAGAAGGUGCGACGUGGUUCAGAGAUCAGAACGACAGACUGCAGAGCGAGUUGAUUAGUAGAAGCUCGACACCGUGGGAUCAAGAUGCAUAA